GGAACUUGUACUUAUGACGGUUUUGUGAGACGCGGCUCAGGGUUCAUGGUACAGCCAAGUAUAACGAACUGGUAUAAUCAUAGGCAUGGUAUAACACGAGUAUAAUUCUGUGUCUGCUACAUGUGGUAGAGCGGUGCAAGACAGGCACACGUACUUCGGCGGCUACCAGUCCACCACAUUAGAACUGCAUGAAGUCCCCGCGACUCGAACUCGUGUUGUCAUUUAGGGAAAAACCCUGAGAAAAGGGGAAUAGUAUAACUUGGACCUUUCUGAUUGGAUUAUACACUACACGUUUGGGAUUCACAUGAUGCACAUUUAUGUCGCCUCUGCAAAGUAACUGGUUUUCGAGAAUUAUGGGCGUUUCUCCAUCAACAAUCCGACCUUCCGGAAGUGUGGCAGAGAUAUAAUACUACUGAGCUGAUUUUUUUUGACAAUUGAACAACAUAACUAUAUAUUCAUGAUCCAAACGAUGGCGGGUACAAUGGAGCUAACCCAAACGCAACUUUACCAGUUGGCAGAGAAGGUCAGUCCCAAUGAUUGGGUAACCCUUGGAGUCCGUCUGGGAUUCCCGUAUAACAAGAUAGAGCAGUGGAAGGAAGAACAUAAAGGGAACAUUCAGAAUGGUAUUUUUAAUAUGCUGGUCACUUGGCUUGGCAUCCAUCCUACCUCCAGCAAACCAGACGCCAGGAAGUUUCUAGCCGAUCAGUUCAAAGCAAUAGACAAGAUCGACCUGGCGUACUCCCUUAUCAACACAGAAGUCUGCUUUGUACCACCUCAUCAUAUUAAAGUCAGUGACUCAUCAAGACAAUUCGAGUAUGAGGUUCGAAGUUGCCAAAAAGAAAGAGAACUAUCAUUCAAUGUUUCAAUGGAGUCGAGAGAGGGGCUGGUACAUCCUUCACUCAUACUGGCAAAUCUCUCUAUGCCCUGCGAAUUCGCCGAUAAGUUGUGUGCUUGUAUACAUGCUCUCGGGCUUCGGCUCGUCCGGAUGGAGAUUCAGAGUGGACCCGGAAGUAGUAUUAAGGUCACCGUGGCUGCUAUCGAUGAAGAUGGCGUCAAGGAACUACGAACGAGGCUGAUGUCACAACAGAUUCACUUCAUAGAAGACCUUAAGCGGAUCAUAUGCAAAUAUGUUUCCUUUGAUAUCGAGGAGUCUGCAAUUUAUCUUCAAACUUCAUUCUCUGAAGAAGAGUUUGGACGGGUCAUCCAAUUGUUUCGUGGUGAAGCAAGCUCGGCAUCUUCCAAUGCGGCACCUUUACGAGUAAAUAACUUUGAGAUCGUCCGACUAGCCAAAGAAUUGGAUGCUAAUAUGCUUACUCUACUUGGCUUAAAACUUGGUGUAACGGAGUCUGAGAUGAGUGAUCUCCGAACCCAAGGCAAGAAUAGCCGCUCGAUAUUCGAACAUAUGCUUUUUGUUUGGAAAUCAAAGCACAGUCCGUGCAUUGAUGACCUUUCCGAUCUGGCUGAGAUUUUGGAGUCGGUAGGUGCCGCUUUAUUAGCCCAACAACUCCGGCGAGGAGAGCUGAGAGAAAGCGAAAGGGAAGAACAAAGAAGGACUUACCUGCAGCGGGCAUCAGCUUCUUGUGAUUUAAAGGCACUCAUGAAGAACCAUCCAUUCUCGAGAGCCAAACUCCCAGGACCAGCCGAUGCUACAGCUACCCAAGUCUCACCAUUGCCACGAUACGUGAAUUACCCCCAACCGGCACCCUCUGAGGACAGCCAAGAGUCCAUUUCUGGACAACGUACGUACGCACACACCGUUAGUUUGCAGGAUAAAGCGCGCCCUCUCCCAGAACAGGAUGCUGGCGACCCUGACUACGCAAGAGUCAUACAUCGGACUGGACAGGCGAACCCACUGGGAUGUAUACAAGAAGAUGUACCAGCUAUAGAGGAACCACUCUAUGAAAGGAUUCCGAGCGAUCUUGAAGCUUCCCCGCCUCCAGUGGAUUUAGAAGUGGAUCACACAUACGUCAAUGAUGAUGUACAUCUUAGACCACAUCCCAUUCAAAGAGAUCCCGCCAAGCGUGCAUCUGACAAGCGACAGGGAACUUCUACAAUACCAGUACUUCACAGCCUAGACUUCUCUGUCCUUGAAGGUACGUGGGACAGCUUAGCCCAUUAUGGUGUGACGGAUCGUGACACGGGCCAUACGGCUGGACUGAUAAAACUAGCACAGGCUCUUAAUGAAAUAGGCCAAACUGACAUCGCAGACGCCGUAUGGAUAGCACUCAUAAAAGACCACUUGAAAAACGAAUACCUACACCGGUUUGUCACCGGAAACAUAACCGUCAUUCCGCGGGUCAUCACCAACCGACAACACAUUGACAUUGGCCAAGAAACAACGCUAGAUGAAGUUGUCAAUCGCACGAAGGACAAGGAGUUUCCGAGCCGUAUUUUCAUCGAGGCUGGCAGAUACGAGGAUCGGCAAAUGGUAGCAGAGAAACUCGGCUACGAUUGGGCCAUGCAAAAAGAUCCGCAGAGUCCGCUGGGGAACGUGGAUGUUCUCUACGUCCUCAAAGUUGCGGAUAUAGAUCCUGGGACGACCGUAGGUGGCGCUAUAGCAUCUCAGCGUGUAUGCCGCGAUUUCAAGCUGAACCCAAGCCGCAUUGAAGACUACUUCAAGAACACCAUGACCGAGUAUGUCAUAGUCUUGAAGGGGGAUGAUGAUGACUUCCAGAGACUUCUAUCGGUUUCUUCAUCUGAUGAUCGUAAACCGGGUUUCAGAGAACUUGUUACGGGCAGAUACUUGAGCCAUUGCAUUGUCAUUAUGACAGUUGGUCCACAAGCUCUCGUGGAAAGACCAACAAUAUUUGCUCACUACAAACUCCAAUCAGCAACUUCAGAUUGCUAGAAAACGUUUUGGACCUGGUUUGAACACAAAGUCCCCGUCUGGUAAAAGAAAUUAGUCCUCCAAUUAAUUGCAAGUUUGCAGUCUCCUAUGUUUUAUGUACAUAGUUUGGAUUGAUCUCAACCUUGAAUAAAUUACGAUUAAUCGGAACUGUUUAUGAGACAGGGCCCAGUAGUGGAAAUACCUCCUUAGUUUGACGUGGAUCUGGAGCAGGUCACAAUAAAGACUACUUCAAGAACAUGACCAGCUCUGUCAUACUCUUGGUAGAAAAGCAGCUACUUGGUAGAGGAGCAGCUAUUAAGGCCUACGAUCCCUAACAACUGUGUUCAGUGCAGGGACUCGUUUCAUAAAGCCUUUUUUCAAUGACAAAUGACACAAAUCAGUGACAAAUCUGCUGAUAACCAAUCAGAAGCGAGGAUUUCAGUAGCUUAUAACAGUAGCUUGUAACUUGUUAUUGAUACCAAGUUUUAUGAAACGGGGCCCAGACUCCAAUCAACAGCUUUAGAUUGUUCCAAAACGUUUUGGGUCUGGUUUAUAAACGCCAUGUAUUAUUGAUUUGUUUUUCUAAUCGUUUCUUUCUGUCUGUUUGGUAACAUUUGGCGCGCACAAUUAAUUCAAACUCUGCAGCUGAGAGAGUGUCGUCAGCUAAGCUUUAAAGUAUCACAUGUUUGAUUUUUUUUGUUCAUUAAAAUUAAAAGUGACAAUCGAAUAAUAAUGCCAUGAUAUAUUCUCGGCAAUAGGCCUAGCAUAUCUCUGCGAACUUCUCGCCUUCCAACUUUACAUGCUUCUGGGAAUUCAAAAUUACAAUCAUUGCCCCAGGCCUUCCGCAGUGAGAUAUUUAAUUGUGAUGUAAAUUUAAUAUGGCUAUAUAACGAGAUCUUAUCCCACCAAAAGAUGAGAGUGCAAUCAUAAUAAAUCCAUUUAAGAAUGCUGCCUGGGUGUCUUUCAAAA